UGGAAAACCACAGAACUCUAAUCAAUUUAACCACAGAACAGGAACAAUUAGUGGUUUAAGACUAUGUGUUCUGAAAUGUCAUGUAUCCAUUAUCUUUAAAUUAUUCUUUUGAUUACUUUCUUUCAAGUUUUCCUAUCUUAUCAUCUUAUAUGUCCCAAAGUGCUUUCUCUUCUGAUUUCCUUCCUCUGCCACUCUCUCUCUGUUUUGUCUUCAGGCAUCUCUGCAAUUAUCUUGUCAUUCUCGUCCCUCCUCAGACCUCCAGUAAUUUUGGAGUUUUGCAGUUCUCUGCAUACACAUUCAUACUCAUGGCUUUUUUCAUCCUUUUCUUGUCCUGUUUGGUUUAGUAAGGAUGGGAGCCUGGUGAGUGGUAUUUUGAUUACCCUUGCAUAGGGUAAUAGAAAAAAAAAGUUCAUUAGAAAGAAAUAUUUGAGUUGUUGGGGUCACAUCUGAGGACAGCCAUGCUGGCCAGCCAUGGGACUGUCAAAAUGUGAACUAAAAUGAGGGUUGUAUUCAUAAAGCAGGGGAUGUGAUUAGAAUUUAGCUCCAUCUUCCUUUUUCCUGGUCUGUAGCAGAUGCCUUGGGUCACCUUUUUCAUCAGCUGCUGAACUCUGCUGGUGCGGUAACAUUUUUAAAGAUACUGCAUCUGAGAGACUGAAAGUCCUUGAUGUCAGAUUUUCUCCUGUUUGUCAGGAAAGGGUGGCACAUGGGAGCUUUUGCUUUCACCUCCAGCAGCUUCUGUGCAUUAGCAAUGAGGAGGAACAUUCACUUGAGAUUUUUUACCUAUCUUCCUUGAGGGAAGAGUGGGAUGCUGCUUUCCAAAACAAGCAAAUGGAGCAAGGACUGAUCAGGAUCUAUCUGCAAACUCAUUUGCUUCAGCUAUGCUUAUGGCUUUUUUUAGCAGUUGGAGUGAGUUUUACUGUUUUUUUAUAGAACUUAGCCAUAAAAGAUUAAGGUUAGUACCAGGACUUUUUUUAGUCUCUUCAAAAAAUUAAAAAUACAGUGGUAUGCCCACACAUAGAAUACUAAUUUUAGUUAAGAUUUUUUUUAGCAAAAUCAUGAAAUUGUUAGAACCAUUUCUGAGCUGAGAACACAUUUGUAAAUUUUUUAAAAUGUUUUCUGCAUAUGGUAAUUUUAAGCAUGGGUUUAGAAUGGUCCACGAUGCUUUAUUAGGUUUUGAUAAGUAAUUUUAUCAGAAGCCAGGAGUGUGAGUAAUAGGCAAAUGUAAGUGAUUUAUAUGUACUUCAGGCAGACUUGAGUGUUGCAGAAAUAGAAGGACCACUAACGUGAAGCAACUGAGGUACCUGAAUAAUGAAAAUCUUUAUUGGUUUCUUUUAGGACAGUGAUACUUUAAUUGCAUCGUCCCUUUGAAAUCUUUGACACAAACCAAUGUGUUUGAAAUAAUUCUUCUGGCACUUAAGAUGUCCAGAAACCUUUUGUAUUCCCUUUUGCUUUGUUAUCUUUGAGUAUGAUGAUUUGCAUCAACACUUAGAAACUCUGCACAGUCUAACUUCACUGUCAUAACUGAUCUCACUGAAAUGUGUUUGUGUCUCAAAAUCUGCAUUUUGAUGCUUUUGGCUUUCCUAUCUAAUAUUCUUGUUGGAAUCAGCUGCUCACAGCAGAGAAUUUAAAAAGCAGCUGUACAAAGAUUCCCAGUCAUUAACUUGUAUCAGCGUUCUGUGUUCCUCUAGUGUGCCUGAGCUCAUAUGUUGCACUUGGACUGUGGUUGUCUCAUUUGACACACAGAAUUAUAGGCUGUGCUCUUGACUUGCUGUUGUACUUGAUAGGAAUUUAGCAUUGGGUAAUGCUUAAAGAGCAGCAACAGAGUUGCAAAAUAACAUUCUGGGUAUAUAAUUCAUACCAAGAAGAUCAGUUAGUAAAUUUAGAAUAGAGUUUCUUUUGGGAGUCUGUGCAGGCAAACAAGCAGUUUCAAAGGAGAUGAACCACUUCUGCAAAAUCACAGUUUCAUCGUAUACACUUGGUUUAGCCUGGUGCUUAACGCUGGGUUGCUCUGCAGUUCUACUUGGUUGCCAAUCAACAGCUUUGCACUGGGAGAUAGAAAAGUAGAAGGAAUAGAAAGAAGGGAAUUUUGAAAAGGUAGUUUAACAAAAUGGAUUGGAUCAUGAAGAUUAAAGUGUAUUGCACUUAUCGAACAGAGGAGUAAUUUAAGCAAGAUUAAUUUGUUGCCAGCCUUAACAAAUCCAUACAUUUUCAUUUGUUUCCAUUCAAAGCCUGGGAUGUAAGAUGACUUAUUGCUUAACUACUUAAGAAAUGGAAGCUGCAAUUAUUUUGAUCAGUGGAUGGAAGGUUUGUCAGCUUUUCAGGUUCAAAAGGAGCCUCUCAGAUAAGUAUCUUGAAACUCUUAGUCAUAACAGUGAAGGUAAUCUAUGUAAUAUUUUAUAAUUAUUCUAUUUCCAGUUGCAUGACUGUUACCUUGUUCUUCUCUGUGCUGUUGUUGUGAGGAUAAUUAAUUAGCCUAAUGUUUGGAAAAAUUCCAAGGAAGAUGAGUAACAGCUCACAUGUAGCAGACACCUGUGAUAUUUUUCUUUUUGCAUGCAGUAGCCCCUACUCUCCCUAGGGCUACAGGAAUGUAUUAAACUUUUCAUAAUGGCUAUGUUCAAAGCCAGUCCUUACCACAAGAGUGAGAGAAAGGACUUGGGGGAAAAAAGAAGAGGCAGAAUUUGACUGGAAACAGUGUAACUGUUGGUUCCCUGAAGUUACCUUUAAAAACAAACCCAAAUUGUUUGCUGUUGUGGUGAGAAGCUUUUAUUCUGUCUAUGCUUUGCUUUCAGCGUGGAGGUGAAAUGAUACUUGGCUUUGGAAAUACUGUUUUAUGUCAACGCAUCCAUGCAGUAAUUCUGUGUAAGGGAAGACUUCUCCUAGAGGAAAGCUUUGGAUAACUUAAUCACAUUUCAGCCUCCUGACAAGUUGCAGGUGGUGCUCUGGCUGCUCUUCCAGAGAACAGUGACUCAUCAUGACCUACAGCAUGAUUAAGAUCUCUGAACAACAACUUUUUUACGUGAGUUGACAGAAGUGGGGAGGAGAUGGCCAGCUCAGCCCGAGAGCACCUGCUCUUCGUGCGCCGCCGCAACCCGCAGCUCCGCUACACCCUGAGCCCUGAGAACCUGCAGAGCUUGGCCUCUCAGGGCACCAUGCCUGAGAACAUGAACUUGCAGCGGGCCAACAGUGACACUGAUUUAGUGACCUCGGAUAGCAGGUCUAGUUUGACAGCCAGCAUGUACGAAUACACCUUGGGACAGUCUCAGAACCUCAUCAUUUUCUGGGAUAUUAAGGAAGAAGUAGAUCCAACUGACUGGAUAGGACUAUAUCACAUAGAUGAGAACUCUCCAGCCAAUUUCUGGGAUUCCAAGAAUCGGGGAGUGACUGGCACACAAAAAGGACAAAUUGUGUGGCGAAUUGAACCUGGCCCCUACUUUAUGGAAUCUGAAAUAAAAAUCUGUUUUAAAUACUACCAUGGUGUUAGUGGAGCCCUCAGAGCUACUACUCCAUGUAUCACUGUGAAAAACCCUGCUGUGAUGAUGGGAGUAGAAGGCACGGAUGAAGGUGCUUCUGGAGCUCAGCACUCUAGGAAGUUGGUCAGCUUUACCCUAUCAGAUAUUAGAGCAGCUGGACUUAAAAAAGGCAUGUUCUUCAACCCUGAUCCUUAUCUAAAGAUGUCCAUUCAGCCAGGCAAGAAAAGUACAUUUCCUACGUUUGCUCACCAUGGCCAGGAAAGAAGGUCGACUAUCAUCAGUAACACAACUAAUCCUGUUUGGCACAGAGAGAAAUAUUCUUUUGUUGCACUUCUAACAGAUGUCCUGGAAAUUGAGGUUAAAGACAAAUUUGCCAAGAGUCGUCCAAUCAUCAAACGCUUCCUUGGGAAGUUAACCAUACCCGUUCAGAGACUUUUGGAGAGACAUGCAAUUGGAGACCAGGUUGUCAGCUAUAAUCUUGGCAGAAGGCUCCCUGCUGAUCAUGUUAGUGGGUAUCUCCAAUUCAAAGUAGAAAUCACAUCUUCUGUUCAUGAAGAUGCUUCACCAGAAACAGUUGGGACUUUGCUAGGAACCAACUCUGUAAAUGGAGACUUGGGGAGCCCCUCUGAUGAUGAGGACAUGCCAGCAGGACAUCAUGAUACAUCCACGGUGUGUUCCAAUGGCCCAGUCUUUGAGGAAUCUUCUGGAGACACAAUCCUGAGACAUUCUUUAAGGACUAGUAGGACUCUGGAGACAGACCAGGAUGACCUGACCUCUGGUGGUUCAAGAUCAUCCCCUCCCAGAGGCCGCCAGGACUCACUAAAUGACUAUCUCGAUGCAAUAGAACACAAUAACCAUCCCAGGCCAGGGACAUCUGCCUGUGGUGACCGUCCACGAGGAGCCUCCCCAAAACUGAGGAGUAGCUUCCCUACCGACACAAGACUUAAUGCUAUGCUUCACAUUGACUCAGAUGAAGAGGAGCACGAGCUGCAUCAAGACCUGGGUUUUCCAUCUUCUUUGGAAGAUGAUGGUGGUUUAGUAAUGCUUAAUGGUGCUACCAGAAACGUUGAAAGAAAUGAAGUAAGUUCCUCAUCGGAUCAGGUAAUGCCAGGGCCUGCAGAGAGUGAAAGGGUUUCAGCCUCUGAUGCUCCUUUGCCAUCAGCUGAUGACCAGCAAGAUUCUCUCCCAGAGCUUCCACCUCCGGAGGAAGGAGGCGAGAGCCUGCAGGGCUCUCAGGCUGAGGCCGCAGCAGAGCAGGCCGGCAGCGAGUCCCCUGCCCCUCCGGAGGCGGAGCAGCCUCCUGGCAGCGCGGACCCGGGAGCUGCUGAGGCCGCAGCUGGGAGCAGAAGGGGCGUCAGCGAGACGGAGUCCAUUGACCAAGGCUCGGAGCCUUCGCAGCUGUCGUCGGAGACGGAGCAGAGCGACCCCGCUCGCACCGAGAGCGUCAGCGAGGCCAGCACCCGGCCCGAGGGGGAGAGCGACGCCGAGGGCGCCGACAGCUCCUGCAACGAGAGCGCGACCGUGCGGCGCUCCUCCGUGGAGAUGCGCUGCUCCUCCUGCGAGAGCGCCCGGUUUCCCGACACUCCGGCCUUCUCCCCCCAGGAGGAGGAGGAGGAGGAGGGAGCCUGUGCCCCCGAGGCAGCUGCGGCCGAGCCGGGUGCCGAAGCGCAGGAGCCUGCGAGCGCGGCUGGUUCUCUGCCUGCGGUGCAGUUACCUCAGGAGGAGGCGCAGGAGGCUGAGGCAGGUGAGCUGCCAGACCAAGAGGAAGCAGAAGAAAUCUGGCAAAGAAGAAGAAGCCUGCAGGCAGCAGCUGCCCAGAGCCAGUCUCAGGAUGAAGAAGUUGAGGGAGCGCAGGCAGCUUGUGAGGGUGCCACAGCACAGCUUGAAGGAGCUACUGGAGGUUCUCCAGCCAAUGGCCACCAGCCCUUGAGGUCCCUGCCUUCGGUGCGUCAGGACGUUAGCCGGUACCAGAGAGUGGACGAGGCUCUGCCACCAAACUGGGAGGCUCGAAUUGACAGCCACGGGCGGAUUUUUUACGUGGACCACGUGAACAGGACAACAACAUGGCAGCGCCCCACGGCUCCCCCAGCCCCACAGAUCCUGCAGAGAUCCAACUCCAUACAGCAGAUGGAGCAGCUCAAUCGCCGGUACCAGAGCAUCCGAAGAACAAUGACAAAUGACAGGCCUGAAGAGCACACAAAUGCCGUGGAUGGAGCUGCAGAGGAAGCUGAAUUUCACCAUUCUAAUUCAGAUUUUCGAAGAGAGAAUGUGCUGCCUCACUCUACCUCCAGAUCCAGACUUACUUUAUUGCUCCAGUCUCCCCCUGUGAAAUUCCUUAUCAGCCCAGAGUUCUUUACAGUGCUGCAUUCUAACCCUAGUGCCUACCGCAUGUUUACAAACAACACGUGUCUGAAGCACAUGAUCACCAAAGUCCGGCGCGACACCCACCACUUCGAGCGCUACCAGCACAACCGGGAUCUGGUGGGCUUCCUCAACAUGUUUGCCAACAAACAGCUGGAGCUGCCCAGGGGCUGGGAGAUGAAACACGACCAUCAGGGCAAGGCUUUCUUUGUGGACCACAACUCGCGCACCACGACGUUCAUCGACCCGCGGCUGCCCCUGCAGAGCAGCCGGCCCACCAGCGCCCUGGUCCACCGGCAGCACCUGACACGGCAGCGCAGCCACAGCGCUGGGGAGGUCGGAGAGGACUCCCGCCAUGCAGGACCCCCCGUUUUGCCAAGACCAUCCAGCACAUUUAACACAGUCAGCAGAGCUCAGUACCAGGAUGUGGUUCCAGUGGCUUACAAUGACAAGAUAGUUGCAUUUCUGCGGCAGCCCAAUAUCUUUGAAAUUCUACAAGAGCGCCAGCCAGAUCUUACCAGGAAUCAUUCACUCAGGGAGAAGAUCCAGUUCAUCCGGACAGAGGGAACCCCUGGGCUGGUGCGUUUAUCCAGUGAUGCAGACCUUGUCAUGUUACUCAGCUUGUUUGAGGAGGAAAUAAUGUCAUAUGUGCCGCCACAUGCCUUACUUCAUCCCAGCUAUUGCCAGUCCCCGCGAGGCUCGCCGGUGUCUUCACCUCAGAACUCUCCAGGUACUCAGCGUGCCAACGCCCGAGCUCCAGCUCCGUACAAAAGAGACUUUGAAGCCAAGCUGAGGAACUUCUACAGGAAGUUGGAGACUAAAGGAUAUGGACAAGGCCCAGGGAAAUUGAAGUUGGACUACAGUGGACCAUCGAGAGAGUUUUUUUUCCUGGUGUCCAGGGAGCUCUUCAAUCCAUAUUAUGGUUUGUUUGAAUAUUCAGCCAACGAUACCUACACAGUACAAAUAAGUCCCAUGUCUGCUUUUGUAGACAAUCACCAUGAGUGGUUCAGAUUUAGUGGUCGAAUUCUUGGUCUUGCUCUGAUACAUCAGUAUUUGCUGGAUGCCUUUUUUACAAGACCCUUUUAUAAAGCCCUCCUCCGAAUACUCUGUGACCUGAGUGACCUGGAAUAUCUGGAUGAAGAGUUUCACCAGAGUUUGCAAUGGAUGAAAGACAAUGACAUACACGAUAUCCUAGAUCUCACAUUUACUGUAAAUGAAGAAGUUUUUGGGCAGAUUACAGAACGGGAACUAAAACCAGGAGGAGCCAAUAUCCCAGUCACUGAAAAGAACAAGAAGGAAUACAUAGAGAGAAUGGUGAAAUGGAGAAUUGAGAGAGGAGUUGUACAACAAACAGAAAGUCUAGUUCGUGGCUUCUAUGAGGUGGUUGAUGCAAGACUGGUGUCUGUAUUUGAUGCCAGAGAACUGGAGCUGGUUAUAGCUGGAACAGCAGAAAUUGACUUGAGUGAUUGGAGAAAUAAUACAGAGUACAGAGGAGGUUAUCAUGACAAUCACAUUGUAAUUCGGUGGUUCUGGGCUGCUGUGGAAAGGUUCAACAAUGAACAACGUCUAAGACUUCUACAGUUUGUCACAGGCACGUCCAGCAUUCCCUACGAAGGCUUUGCCUCCCUCCGGGGCAGCAACGGGCCCAGGCGCUUCUGCGUGGAGAAGUGGGGGAAGAUCACUGCUCUUCCAAGGGCUCACACUUGUUUCAAUCGUCUGGACCUUCCCCCUUACCCAUCAUUCUCUAUGUUAUAUGAAAAACUGUUGACAGCAGUAGAAGAGACAAGUACUUUUGGACUUGAGUGAUACACAAACCACAGUGCCCAGCUCAUUGGACUUUUGUGGAUCUGUCUUCUCAAGGAAUGAAUGAACUUUUGUAAUGGAUUCCCUAGAGGAAAAUUGUUUCAUGGUGCAAUUCAAAUAAUGAGGUUCCACGAAGGAGAUUGUGAAGCAAUUAAAAAGCAUUGUGGUAGUGGCAGAAUUCUCAACAGUGAAACUAGAGUGUGCCUGGUGUGCAGGGAAAGCCAAGUCUUGCAGUCCAUGGGGUUUUGGGAUGGCUACACUUCUUAAGUUUAUGUUCUGAACAAACCAGAAACGUGAUGCCAUGUUGUGAUCCAUCUGGCUACUGCAAAACUGACAUGUACCCAAGGACUGGAUUCCAUCAAAGUUGUUCAAUUGAAAAUUCAAGUCAAAAUGUGAAAUCAUUCAAUUCAGUCCCUUACCCACCCAGUAAAUUAUCAAAAAAGCAUACAACUGAACUUUAAUAAUUAUUUUUUUUUAAUUCAUGAAGGUACAUUACUUUAUGCCAUAUGUUAUAACAGCAUAUCCAACACUUGCUUUACCUAAGACUACGAGUGCCUGCAUGGGGAACACCAUAGAGCUCGAGUUCCUGAGGCAGAAGUGAGUUGGAGGGAAAAUCAGCAACAAAGGAUGUAACAACGGCUUGUGCAUUGAGGAGGUUUGUGGAAAUGCAUUUGCCAGUGGUGUGUAUGACAAAAUAUGAGCUGUUACAAUGAACUUAUUAACUUAAUAAGACUGAUUUUAUGCUUUAUACUGCAUGGAAACUAUUUUAAGAAGAAACUAGCAAUUUAUCACAGCAUAUCAGGAAAAAAACCCUAACACAGUGACUUCUGUUUAUUUUUAUAGGUUCAUUAUAUUAUGUUUCUUAGAGUGUAAACAGGAAACAAGCAAACAAAAGUGUUAUUUCUGUUUUGUCACUUUCCAUGCUUGAACAGACAUUCUGCUAGUGUUUAUUCUUUGAGCACUCUCCAGGGAAAAAAAUGCCUUUUAUUUUUAUAAGAGUAAAAAGACUCCCGAAAAUAUUUUGCACUGAAUGUACCAAAGUUGAAGGGACAUUAUAAUCUGACUGAUAGCAAAUUGCAUCACUAUCAAAUAUCUAUAAAAAUGCUUAGGAACCAGGCUUUCUUCACAGUGCCAUGUCUAUAGAUACCAGGACUGUGCACAUAAGUAAUAAUUUUAUAAUACUAUAUGUGAUAUUGUAAUAUGCAUUUAUUUUAAAUGCAUCUGGGUCAUUUUUCAUGCAUUGGAUAACUUAAUGCAGUGGAAUUUAAUACAGAUAUUUCAUAUGCUCCCCACAACUUUUUAUUUGUACAGCACUGUAAAACACUAGCUCAUUUGGAAAACCAUGAAUAACUUCUUUAAGGUGAGCCACUGGUCAUAAAGCCACUGUCCUGUAUCAGUGAACACCUACAAGAUGUAAACUGUUCGUAGUGUCCAAGCUUGCAUUUUCACUGAUAAAUAGUUUUCUUAUCCAAUGUUAUUUGAAGCAGUUUCUAUGGCAUAUCAAACACUGCAUGGACACCGAUUUCUUUAUGCUUAAUUUUGCUGAAAUACACGAGGCUUGCUCGCUUCUAUUUUUUGGUACUUUUCCUCCAGAUGGUCUUGUGGAACACUUGUGUAGCUGUGCCCCAUUUCUCGCACAGCUGCUGUCACACGCUGCAUCCACCACAUUUUCAAAUGGCAGGAGUUGCACUUGGACACUGGAUGACAAGAACACGAAUCCAGCUCUGUGCUAGCCCUUUGGUAGUGCUGCAGCACAGCAAGCUCUGUUCUGUGGGGAAAGUAGCUUUUGAAGUAACCUUCUCACUUUGGAGGCUCUUGAAGGGGCGUCUGAGGGAGGUGUCCUGCUUGUUCUGGUGGGAGGUUUGUUCCAGCAGAGGCGAGCGUCCCUGGAGAUGUCGUCAGCAGAGACUGCCAGUCACCCUCCGAGGCAAAGGCAGCUGCAGCUGUGGUGGUGACUGAGAAAACCCUUCAGACUUACUGAGGAAAUGGCACAUGUGCAAAGGAAAAGCAAAAUCAGUGCGAAAGCAUUCUUUUAUUUCAAGGAUAAUUGAGCUUCUGCAUGACAUCUGGGACUCUCUUAAGUAACUUAGGUUUUCUUAGGCUACUUCUGGCUGGUAUGAAGUAGCAAAGAAAAAUCCAAACACAUCACCCUGUUUCUACAUGUAUAUUUAUCAGUCUUUGCUAAGAUUGCAUGUCACAGGUCCUAAUACACAUCUCUCUUCAGAACAUGAAUGAGCAGUAGGCAAACUGACUUUUCAGCAGGUCACUCCAGCAUGGCUCAUGUUUCAUGGGAUCCAUUCACUGAGUAGCUAAAAUUCUGGCACUCAGAGCAGAAUGCAACUUCUGAUUGGUUGAGGGACUACAGAAUUUUCAUUUUACAAUACUGUGUUAUCUGUGGUCUUAAAAAAGAGAUUUCCCAGGUGGAAACUGUAUCUACAAGUUUUGAACCAGAUACUCUUUGGAAUGAAAAGUUUAAAUAUUUGGCACAAAGUAAGUUUAUACUAGUUUGCCUUUUAAGUUAUGCUUUUGUACAAAACUAAAACAAUAAAUGCAUCUUGUCAAUUUUUAUUUAAAUAUAUCUACUGCACCCAUUUGUUCUGUAUUUAUGCAUGUAAAAAUAAUUGAAAUCAGCCAUGAUAAUCCAAUAUUCUGUGAAGAUGUGACAGGGUCACGAGUGGGGCAGCUGUCAGUUAGAAAAUAGAUAAAUUAAAAAAACAUCCAGAGUCUUUGUAGCACUAAAGCCAAGAGAGACUAAAGAGAAGUUGCUGCUUCCUCCUUUGCUGCCAACAUCCCCUGGGGGACUCCACAAAAGCUCUGUGGGAAGGUUGAGGUGUCAGCUGGGUACAGCUGCCUGUGCUGCCUCGAGCACUUGGCUCUUUGUGACGUGUAAGGGAUGCUGCUGCUCUAAGGGAUUAACAAGGAGGGAGUAGAGGAGAGGAAGCCUGAGCUUAGUCAGAUACCCACAUCUCCUGGCAACUGCUUGGAAUGUUCUCCCUUUGGUUUUGGAAGCCAUUCCCAUUUAAUGUGUCCCAAGGGAAAGCCAGCUUUCAUGUCCUGCAGCUUGGCUGCAGCAGGCGACCACAAUGCUAUUGCUUAUGACACAGUGUAGCAGGGAUGAGGGUCCACACAGAGCGAGGCUGGGGAGCCUUUCCAAAGCUCUCUAACUCCUAGGAGCUUUUCCAGAUGGUGCUAAGGAGCUUUGCAUUUAGGAAGGAAAAAAGUGGACAGAAGAAUCCCUUCAGCCAAUGACAACUGAUACUAACUUAACCCACAGCAUCUUCAUCACACAGAGGCUGGCAGGGGACGUCCCUGCAGGAAUUGAAGUGAGGUGCCCAUGUUUCCUGCUCUGCUGGGAAGUGGAGCCACACAUCACCGGCCAAAAAGCAGCUCCCAGGUCACUGCCGCCGGGGCAGGCUGGCAGCAGAGUGGCCUCUGUGCCCCACAUGCCAGGGCAGGCCCCUCUGCCCAGGUCCCAGCAUCCCAGCCCAGCAGAGGUGUGCUUUGCUCACCUGGCACUGCUGGCAGUCAGGUUAUAGCCAGAACACUCCUAAAUACACCACAAAAGCUUGGAAUCAAUGAAGUUGUGCAGUGGGGCACCUGCUGUAGCAGUCACCCGCUGAGUCUGCAGGCCAGCAGCAGUGAGGGGAGUGGUGCCUUUGCCCACAGCAGCAGGGCACAGCCAUCUGCCACCUCUGUCACACCGCCAGCAGCACCUGGCAGGGCAGGACAGGAGAGCCUUUCAAUCCAGACCUUCUUCCCCACCCGCUCCCUGCCUGCUUUUUUCCUUGGUAUUCAUCAAAUAUUUGCCUCCUUUUGCUUUUAAACAUAAUUUUCAUUAUCCUGUACUGACCUUACCAUGAAAAAUGCUAACAUGGCUUAGAGAGUAAGUGGGGUGAGCUCUUGUGCGUUCCCAGGCAAAGCUGCUCAGGGGCACCACAUGAGCUGCACAUGGCAGCAGGCAGCUCCGGGGCACGGGGGGCGGGGAAUAGCUGUAAUCUGCGGGGAACCGAAAAUCUGGGCAGCAGUGCCCUGGCAGGACAUCACACAGAGCUUCUGGUAGGAGCUGGACUGGCAGAGCACCCAACGGCUAGUUUGCUCAGUUUAAAAUUAUAGGAAACAGAAGAGGUUUGUGGUUUCUUAUAUAUUUUGAAUCCUUUAAAAAAAGUUUAAAAAAAAAAUUCCUUCUGGAGCAUUUGCAAUUGUAUCAUCUGGUUGUUAAAUGUAAUCUCAGCAGUAUUAAUUGCAGAUGUUUACUGAGUUUCUGCAGUGGUAGCUGCAGAGUUUUAUGGAGCUGCUUGGAGCAGGCUGUCUCUGGACUGAGGGAAUUCCUGUUCACAUCAGGGAAACUUCAUCAGCUGUGUUUGAAUGGCCAGUGUAAGUUCACUUCCCAUAGCAUAACGCAAGUUACUUCUUUUCAGUGAAUGAAACUUAUCUGCAUUUAAUUAUACUAAUAGUGCUGGUUUUCCUGCCACUUUUUAUGUAGAGGGUUAAUAUAUUCCUGUUAGCACUAAUGGGAAUUGAGCAGAAGGUUGAUCUCCAGUCAUAAGAUUGCAGAUGUAGCUUUCAUCUAUCUACUGUUGUUUCCCCUUCUUAUCCCUUUCUCUCUGGGCAAGCAAUUGAACUCCAAGCAAAUUUUCAGAAAAAUUACUCAAAGCUGGCUUCUUAAACUGUUUGUGUUUUGGCUCAAUUAUGUGCUAUAAAGCAGAACUGCAGAAAUGCUAUGGGUUGACUGGCUCAUCAGUUUAAGUAGAAAAUUCUUUACGAUUUUGUUAGUGCAACCAUACUGGCUGCUGUUGGACUAAUUUAACCUUUUGCCUAAAUAUUUUACAAUAAAAAAUUUUUGGAGGAUGAAUUUGAAAUUACUUGUUUGCUGGAAAACUAAAUAUAUGUUAGGUAAAUAGCAGAGGAAAAGAAUAACUUUACUGUAAAGGCAGUAUAACCCACUUCAGUUAGCAGUAUGCAGAAUUACAAUGCUGACCCUCCAAACACAGAAUUUUCACAAUGAAAGAUGGUUUAUAUUUUGCAUGUCUUCCAAAUAGACCAUGAACUUCACAGUGCUUUUGUUCAGCUUUAGACUGACUAAUUUUGGUAUUAGGCUACUACUAUUUGGGAUGUUCAUUGCUGUGAAAUGUUUUUUACUUAAACAUUUGUAGUAUUUUUACUAAAUAUUUUCCUUUCGGACUUUACUUCAUAGGUUUUGCUCAGAGCCAUAUUAUGCUGUAGGUAUUUUAAGGGAAAAUCAUGAUUAUUUGAUAAUUCUGUUUUGUAUGACUGACCUUCUGGCCACUGUUUAGAAAGGUUCCUCCUGAUUUUUGGUAAAAGAUGACAUUCAAGGACUCCUGGAAUGGUUACAAUCCAUUGAAGUGUCUGUAUGUAUUCUAAAUGCAUUUAAAAAUACCUCCUGAGGACUAUGUGAAAUAGUUGCUGCACUCAUUAAUUAGCCCCUUUCUAAGUCAGUAUUUCAAAAUUUGAACUUGUUUCCUUUCAGAUUACAUUGGAGAAUAAUUACACAAAAAUUUUAACUAGAGAUGUAUUCUGACAAAUUUUUCAAAGCUAUGAUGGAUGUGAAAGGGAGCCAAGCUACGCUGCUCUCAAUUCUUUCACCUGUUAAAAAACUUCAGAAUAAUGAAACUUUAUCUUUUGGGUUUCAGUUGUUUCUUGUUUUCAGAACUUUGAGAAGCUUCUCAUUCAGCCCGUGUUAGAAAAAGCCUUGCCUACUUGGAGGCUUUUGUUAAGCACUCAGCAGGUAUAUUGUUCAACUAAUUUAACAUCCCUUUGUGCUAAUAUCAAUUAGCUUUUAAAUGUAUAGACCUACAGAGCUCCACAGGACUCUGGUCUCCCUUAUUCUGGGCUGCCUUCCAAAGCCAUCCAUCCUGUCCCUUUUGAUUGCACAUAAUCCUGCAAUCACUCAGAGACAAUUGCUGACCACCUACACUGACUGGAGCUGUACUGUCACAGUAAGACUCUGGGUUUGGGUUUACUUUCAAAAGCAGCUCCCUCAGUCCAGAGUCGACAAGAUGACUGUUACUCUGACAUCAAGACUGAGCUGUUCAAUAAAAACAGUCAUAAAAGUGGUUUUGAAAAUAGUUGAUUAGAUAUCCACAGGUAAAAUGUCUUUUGGUUUUGGUUUGCAAAAUUGAUGAGGCAGGGGAUUUUGCUUGCAAUAUUUUUUAUUGCCAGAAUCUGUGGGCCCCAUGGGCUGCCCCAGGCUGUUGGGCAGGUGGGUGCAGAGCCUUUGCAGUGAGGCAGGUGAUGCUGAUCCAGAAACCACAGCAGCAGGAGAUCUGUUCCCGCAGUGAGCACUGUGCCUUCCACAGCUGGAGGCUUUCUCAUGCAGCCCUUGAGCUGGAUUUUUCCCAAAAGCUCGUUGUAUCUCUGAUGCCUGCUACUUGCAAUACAAGCAGCUCGUGAAACACUCCACUGACUAUUCAACAUCUUCCAUUUUAAAAGAGGAUUACGUUUUUCAUAGUUAGAAAUGCCCAUCCGGCAGUAUAAGGUCAAUAGAAGAGGAUUUUGCUGAGACAUCAUAUUUGAUUGCCAUGCUGACGGCAGUCAGAUGUUGGAGCUCACUAAUUUUAAAGUCGAUUACUGUAUGAAUAAGAAAAUAAAUCUGGGAAGCCUCAUAAAUAAUUCUAAGCAGGAAUGUAAUUGUAGGUGCUGUAAUGAUAAGACAGGGCAGUUCCACGCAGCAUACAAGAUACAGCUGUGGAGGAGGGCUGGAGUGAGCACAAGGCUGAGAGAAGGCACAGGAAGAGCACUGCACUUCGAGGGUAGGGAGCAGGACAGUGAGCUGUGGUGAGCCCUGGGAUAUAAAACAGGACACUUCCUGCUUGAAAAUUAGGCUAUGAUAAGGCACCUAGGAAAAAAUGACUGUUCAUCCUGAAAUACAUUGGUGUUACUGCAACUGCAGGACAUGCUUUAACUGAUUAUUAGCUUUUGAAAAUCUAAGUACACAAUCAGAAAAUUUACUUUUAUGUGGUUUGGCUUCUUUGUUUUGUUUUAUUUGGACUGGGUUGUUUUUUUAUUUGGGCUGUUUUCAGGAAAACGAAGGCUUCUAAAUAGAGUGGUGUCUUCAGGAAAACGAAGGCUUCUAAAUAGAGUGGUGUCUGGAAGUGGUCAUUUGUUUGUACAAGUAAUGACUGUUUAUUAUUAUCUGCAUUUGGCAAAGGAUACCACUUCUGAUAAAAGGUUAAAUCAUCAGAACCAGUGGUGACUUUCCUCUUCAAUGUGAUGGGCCAAAUACCUAAUGUUUAGCUGUGUCAAAAUGCAGAUUUUGGGUUUUUUUAAGAUACUUGAUAUUUGCAUUAUGUUUGUGUAAGAACAAUGCAUUUUGACAAAGACAAGGAUUUUGAUGUGGCAUUUCCAAAGCUUACUUAGGGUAAUACUUAGAAUUUUCUCAAUGACCUAGGUAGUUUUACCCAAGUAGAUGCAAGUCUUGAUUCCAUUCACACUCUAAUGACAUUAUCAAAAAAAUACUGUGUAAGAGGGUGGGAGGGUUUCAUGAUGGGUUUCUGUACCUAAAAGCUGACCUGUUUUUUUUACCUGAAAGAUAAGACUAUUGAAUGAUUGAAUAUGAGAGUCAGGAGAGGAAUUCCUUGUGAGUUUUCUUCUGCAACAUGGUCACUGAGACGGUAGGAGUUUUAUAUAAACUUGAAGUCCUAAAUGAGAAGACAAACUCCCAUGUUGAACCAUACUGGUUCAAUAGUUCCAUUCAGCGGGACAUUUUUCUGCAAUGAGUCUGCAACACUCAGGAGACUGCUGUUUAUUAUCAGCAUUGCAGGGAGGAGGAGAAUUAUGAUAAUAUUAACUACAUAAAUCACAUGUGGAGGAUGCUUUUUCUUUGCACGCUGUUUUUCCUGGGAAUGACGUAGCCUUGAGGGCAUCCAUGAAUCCUGAUCAGCAAGGCUGCUUUUUGAACAAUUGACUGAACAUUUGUACUUGUAAGGGCUGGUACAGUAUGGAAAGGGAGAUCUUUGGAGGAGAAGAAGGUAAUGAGGGAUGUGGUGUGGAAUACUGCUACCCCAAAGUCAGUUGAUGUUCCUGCCCUUGCUAGGUUACAGUUUGGGUUUUUCAGCAUGUUUGAAAGUGUGUAGAGUUUUACAAGUUUUUGUAGUGGGGAUGCAGGCAUCCAGAAUCUAACAGGAUUAUAGGUGCAUCUUCCUCAUUUUUGACAAUUACUUGAUAUAAUUUUAUACCAAGUUCUUUGUUUUUAAAGAAUUUCAGGCACUGAGAAUAUGGAGUGCAUAUUUAUUUCUAAGCUUUAAGUAGAACACGGUGUAUUUUUUAAUCCUUUCCAUACUUUUCAGUUAAGUGUUCACAAGACUGUAUAUCAAAUACAAUUCCAAGUUUUUCUAUCUUUCUACAAGCCAGUUUAAGUUUCAUCUGAAUUUGGUACAUGACUUUCACAAAACACUAAAUGGGGAAUACCUGCUUCAAGCAUUAAGAUGGUUUCCCUCCUUUUCCCUAUUUACAUUGCAUUACAUUUCAGGAUUUUUUUCUUCGAGGCAGAGAGAAGAGAUAGAAAAUGUGUUGAGUGUGUUACAGGGGCACACAAUGUGUGUCAUUGUGCCUGGCUUCAAGGAAUGUACUAUAAUGUUUGACUGCUCACAAAUUUACAUAAUUUGAAUACAGGACUGUUGUGUUGUAUUCCCUGUUACUCAAAAACAUUUGGGGAAAAGAAUUUUCUGUGUAUAAUUUUAUUUUCAUACUGAUCUCUAUUUUGUUUAAGACCAUGUUUCAUCAUGAAAUCACUUAAUUAAAAUAAAUCUUCU